CGACAGACAAGAAUGCAUGUAUUCAUUAUAUCGUACUGAUCCUUUUAUUAUGUAGAUCAACCAUUUCCCUCACAGCUCGAGCUACCCCUCGCAUGUCCGUGGCACAUUCAAGCAGCGCUACUAUGUAGAGACACGUUACUACAAGCCAGGCGGGCCAGUCUUCCUCUACCUGGGCGGCGAGGGUCCCAUUGAUGGCGACACACAUCUUGACAACAGUCUCAUAACCCAUUUCAUGAAAGAGUUCAAUGGCAUCGGCGUUGUCCUAGAGAAUCGCUUCUACGGCACGAGCGGCCCCUUCGGCAAUAGCUCAACAACAGAUGAGCUGCUCUUCUUGGCCACGGAGCAGAUCAUCGCCGACCACGAGGCUUUUGCCAAGAAGGUUCAUCUGCCAGGCGUCAACAAUGGAAUCAAUGCCCCUUCGACGCCAUGGAUACUCUAUGGCGGUAGCUAUCCCGGCGCGCUGUCGGCAUUUACAAUCAAGGCAUAUCCCAAGACCUUCUACGGCGCCAUCGCCAGCAGCGCCGUCAUCCAUGCCCAGGUAGAAUACCCCCAAUGGUACGACCCAAUCCAGCUUCUAGGACCGCAGGACUGCAUCGCCAGUGUCAACGACAUUGUGGACAAGAUGGAUUCCCUCGUCGCGUCUAGCAACCACGCGGCUAUCCAGGAACUGAAAGACAUCUUUGGGCUCACCGCGCUCAAGGACAUUCGCGAUUUCGCGCAGACAAUUGCCUUCCCCAUCGGUGGCCCUUUUUACUACCCGUCGAACACCUGGCAGGAGAUCAACUGGAACCCACAGUACGCACACCGGGAUUUCUUCUACUUCUGUGACAACGUCACUAACACCAACGCUGCGCCUGAGACCACGGCCGUGGACCACGCCUUGGCCAAACAUACGGGCGGUAAGCCUUGGAAAAACCUAGGCAACUACGCCGCGUAUGUCAAGCGUGUCAUUCUCCCGUUAUGCGAGAGCGGUGACUACGAUAGCCCAGACUGCUUCGGGACACAACACCCAGCCUGGUGGGCCAACACUACGACCGGGGCUGAGCGGAGCUACUUGUACUCGACGUGCACGGAAUUCGGAGCGUAUCAAGCUGCGCAACCGGUCGGGAAAAAGUCCCUGCUAUCGCGGGUUAUCAACAGCACAUACACCCAAGAGUGGUGUAACUGGGCCUUUCCCAAGGGAAAAUACAACACUAUACCGGCCUCACCGGAUCUAGCCAAAUGGAAUGCCUUCGGGGAUUUCAACUUCACAGCCGACAGGCUCCUGUUCGUGGACGGCUCAGCUGACCCCUGGAAGGAUCUCUGCUACCAUUCUGACCUGGCGCCUCGGCGCGAGUGGGAUUCGCAGCCGCAACAUCUGAUCAACGGGGCCGGGCAUGUGUGGGAUCUGCGCACGCUCGACGACAUUGAUGCUGAGCCGCAGUACAUCCGUGAAGCUACGAAGCUAGAAAUCCGCACAGUUGGGGCGUGGCUCAAGGAAUUUGCUAGUUCAGGUUUCGCCUCGUAGAUUCUAGUAUAUAGGAUAAUUCUCAGGUGUAGAAAUAUAGCUUACUGGAUAUCCUAAGAUAAGCAAAAAAAAUAUCUAGUUACCUAGAUGAUAGGGAUACUUGCAGCACAAUUAAUAAUCAUCGUGAGAUUGUAAGGAGGAAAUCCAUAUCGAUUUUCGUAACACCUCGUGGGAUCCUGUAAGGCCAUCAAGGCUUCCCAUCUCAUCUUCGGUAGACUACGCCAAUGCGUACUGCCCUUUCUUGAUUUGCAAUCGCAUUUAGAAAUACAUCCUGACCUAGCUGCCACUCUCCAUCGAAACAUACAUGAUCCCCUGACUGGCGGCACGGUUUGCAGUGGUAUGGUGGUGGGACUUUGCUCCGAUCGGAGCUCCGCAGCCUCUCUG